GUCAGUUUAUAAGAGUGGGCCGAUUCGGGGAGUCAGGAAGUCCACAGUGCUCGAACUUCUGACAAUAUUCUCCCAAUGCACACAAGUAAUCAUAGAAAUUGGGGUUGUAUUACACCGACGUCUAAUUAAUUUGUCAUCUUCCCGAGACCAUGGACAAACUUCGUCGUGUGCUAAACGGCCGAGAAGAGAACGAAGAACUUGGUCUCACGACUCAGGUCCUCGAUGUUUCCUCGCUCAGCUACAGCACCAGGGUGAAAUGGUUUGUCAUAUGCUUCGCCUCAGGCAUCUUGUGCUCAAUACUUGGCUCAGCUCUGCUGUUCCUUCCAAAUGGAAUCAAACUCUUUGCCGUUUUCUACACAUUGGGCAAUGUUGCAGCUCUUUCCAGCACCUGCUUCCUUAUGGGACCAGUAAAGCAGUUAAAGCGCAUGUUUGAGCCAACUCGACUAAUAGCAACCAUUGUUAUGCUGCUCUGCCUCGUCUUAACACUAUGCGCAGUGUUUUGGUGGCACAAAAAGGGACUGGCCAUCAUCUUUUGUAUUCUCCAGUUUCUCGCAAUGACGUGGUACAGCAUCUCCUACAUUCCUUUUGCCAGAGACGCUGUGAUGAAAUGCUUCACUACCUGUCUGAGCUAAGAUUCUGGAGUACACUCUUUCAUUUGGAGACUGGUCCUCAUAUGCAAGAACAAUAACUCUACAAUAUACAUAUAAUUGUUGUUUUUUUUACUGCUUAUUAUAGUAGCCUUUUUGAGUUAACCGAAGGUCUAUUCCUUGGAUCAGAUUUUACUUUUGUACUUUAUGCUGUGAGUGCAUUUAAUGCUUAAUAUAUUUAAAGAUUCAAUAGAUAUUUCAGGUUGGUUGAGGCUGCUUGAGUGCUCAUGAAGUAAUUUAAAUUUCCUGUGCGUCGCAAUCCGCUAUACAAGUGCAGGGGGGGGGAAAUAUCCUUAAAUACGACUAUUUAUCAAUUAAAUCUUGCUUGACGUGUGCUUUCUUAAACUCUAUUCAAAUUAGAACACGGACACUGCUGCCAAAACACAUUUCGGUUUUUGUUUUCAUAUGAGCGUCUGCCUUCUAUGUUUUAAUAGAUAUUAAAAAAAAAAUACCCUCAAGCUUAUGAGGCACUGAUGUUUGCACUGGCAUGUUUGAACUCCACAGCUCUUGAGUUUUUCCCACUUAAACUGUAAAAUUAGGCGCGCGUGUUGGUAGGCUUUGUGUAUAUUAGCCCCCUCCCCCACUCAGUAAAUUACAUUAAAAUUGAGCAUUUUAAAAUUUUAUUCUCAGCCAGACGCAACAAUGACCCAUUUAGUUACGCUUUCCUGAGCAAUGUGGUUUUCGUGACCUAAUAACUCGAUAUAGCUUCCAACAGGAUCCUUGUAUGCUCCAGCAUGAUGGCAUCAUAGCCUUUGAGAAUUGAGUUGUCAUGACAACCUCUGCCGGAAGAUUCAUUACUUUAGCUACCCCCAUCAUAGGUGCAGAUUGUUUGUAUUAUGGUGACAGAAAGACAUAUGCUUUUGUAUGAAAAUACAACAAAACACAUUUUUCAUACACAAAACCUGACAUUUUACAGGUGCUUUGUUCUUUAUUUUUAAGAAGUCACAUGUUGCGCUCUUUCCAUAUGCCAAACAACUGCAUUGCAAUUCGUGUUGCGCAAAGACCUCCCCUCAUCAUUUUGUUAGGCUUUUGCAAAGAAGGAUUAUGGACAAAGUCUCCCUUCAGUACAAUUUAUUCAAGUAACUUAAGUAACAAGCAAAUCUCUGAAAUCUGAGGGGUCAAAUAUUGCUGCAGAAUGAAGGCAUUCCUUCCUUCAUUCAUUCAUUCCUAAUCCAAACCCAUUUGGUCUUUUCGGAUCCCAAAGAAGUUGUAAAGAGGGAUACAAAGGUAUACAACAGCACAAGCAGUUUAGGGGGAUAUUAAAAUUAUGGAGAACUAUUAUUGUAGUCUUAAUACAUAUUAUGUUUGUCUUUCCUUAUGAAGUCCUGUUUAUAAUGUGAUCAUCUGUACACUGAAACAUUGUAAAUGACAUCUGAGGCUCUCAUUCUAUGAUGAGGUAAUCGAUUAUGUGCAAAAUGAAAUAAAAUGAUCAAGCAAUUUUUAAUAAA